AUGGACGUGAUGAUGAGUAUGACGACGGACGAUGUGCGUACGCUACGGGGCCAAUUCACAGAGAGUCUGGGGCUGGAAGCUUUCGUGCGGCUUAUGAAGAAGAGUCUACGCGGUCGGAUUGAAUCUGAUCUCGACUUCGUCGUUGGUGUGAUCGAGUUAUUUCAUACCAUCGAUGUAAACGGAGACGCGGUCUUGGACUGGGACGAAUUCACGGGCUACAUGUUGGACGCCGGACAAGCAGCCAAAGCCGAUUCCUACUUCGAAGGUCGUGGACGAUCAACCAAACAUUACGUCCCACUGGCAAUCCUCCCGCCAGACUCCAAGACACCACUACGACAUAUCACUUCACGAGUCCAGCAAAUGAGGCUGCUAGCUGAGCAGAAUGCGGUGGCCUACUUUGAAGCGAACUCGGACGUUGUGUGCCUUUACGCUCUACAGUUCGACCGUAACGACGGCCCUCGACACCUCUCCACCUUGCGCUUACACACAGCGUUCCAGGAACACACUGUCAUCGACGUUGUCUACGUGUCCACUCGUAAGUCUCUAGUUACGUCUUCAGUGCUAGUCCGAGGCUAUUUGAGCGUUUGGAGCGUGACAGAUCUACACAACCCAGUGAUGACACACCGUUUGGAGUCUCUCGCUGCUCAAGAGCAUUUGUGCUGGAUUCCCUCGCUUAAAUGUUUGGCGACCUCAGCUGUGAUGGUCCCUUGUAUUCAUUCUGGUAAACCGUCAGAUCCCCAGCGAGAUUGCUAUCGCCCGAAUGCUGGCAUCGACCAGCCUCACACUACGAUCAGUCAACUAGAACUCUGGGAUAUAUCCGGUAAGACUCGAGCACCUCCUCCGGGUACGAUCGCUACAAAAGAGGUGACGGUAGUGCAAGAGCGACUGAAAGGUGUCACUGCAGUCGUGGCUUUUCGAUCUCUCACUCGCACAUAUCUUGCAGCCGGUCGCGAGGACGGAAUAUUGAGCGUCGUGGAUACUGAAAGUGGAGACGAAGUAGGCACUUUUGAUGCCCAUGGAAGUGGCGUUAAGGCUCUCGUGUAUUCGAGCGAGGUGGAGAGUAUCGCUAGUGUUGGUUUCCACUCGUACGCAGAUGAGACUUCACUACAUAUCUCGACCUGGAAAAAGACGAGUUCAGGUGGAAUGCUGACACGCGAUUCCACUCUCAGGCAACAUCAAGCGCCUGUGGAAUUACUCGCCUUCGUGGACUCGAACCACCAGCUCAUUAGCGUAGAUAGAACGGAGACCUUUAUCGUCUACUCGAGUGUGAUGCGAACGCCGACGUCAGAGCCGUGGGAGUGUCUUCAAACCUUCCAGUACUCGCCACCUCCCGCCUCCAACUGGCAUUUACCUCAGAAGAUCUGGAGCAUGUUUGUAGUGCCUGAAACAGCGGCGAGUGAUCCGGUUCUAGUCACGGCAGGAACUAGAGUGAAAUUCUACGAUUUUUGCGAGAUUAAAGUCCGAGAGGAAGUUUUCUUUGCGCAUUAUUGCAGUGCGUUGAAUGUGGUUGUUGGAGCCACAAGCACAAAGUUGCUACUGUGGAAAGGAGACACGGGGGUCCUUUGGAAAACAUACGAGUACGCGGGGAUUCAAACUACCGAUCCGGCAUCUCGUGAAGCUCAAGAUCGAGCCAUCACCGCAGUGUGUGUGGAUGACCGAGAACGUAAGAUUAUUGUCGGGGACGAUACAGGGUGCAUCAAGGUGGUGAAUGCUGUGAACGGGAACGUGAUGAAGGAGCUGAAUCCCCAUACUCACUGCAUAGUGGACGUGUCGUAUGUCUUGUACGGAAAGCGCGUUACCUCAAUCUCUUCGGACUCAAUCCUGCACAUCAGUGAUGAGAACAAUCCCCAGGGCUUUUACGUACCUUUCGGAGGUGGCCCCGUUCAGUCUAAAUAUUUGAUCCUGAGAAGUACGGGGAAUGAGGCUCUGAAUCUCGUCGCUGUGCUGGUUGCGAAUCCCCGAGGCAGUAACUUCGUCCAAGUGUGGAAUUUCGACAUCAGUCACCCACAAGGAACGUGUCUGUGUCCGCAGAACUGUGGGGAUAUCACGUGCUUGAGUUUCUGCGGCUCAACUGCUGACAUUGUCGGUGGCACGUCGACUGGACGUGUGUUUCUGUGGUCUCCAAUCCGAGGAACCACCUCGUAUAGAUGCAUUAAGGAGCUGUCCAGUGUGCCUGCAGCCCAGGAAGCGGAAGAAGCUCGAAUAAAUACUGUUGUGACUCAUAUCCUCACCGCCUGUGUCCCCGACACCAUCCAGGAGAACGGACCUACAGCUUCUGAUGAAGCUGAAAAGUCGACAACUUCACCUCCCAAAGCACGGAUGAAUUAUUACUCGAGCAGACCGAUACUUGAGGAUCGUCUUCGACAAGAACAACAAUAUGGAGUGCACGUCUUUGCAAGCGAUGAAACAGGUUUCGUCACUCAGUGGCACGUGCAGCAGCACUCGCUGACGUAUACGUCACUUCAAACUGGCAGACCGUCGUCCAGCAAUGGUAAGGCGCGACGGGGUCGCGUAGGCGACUCAGGAACGGAUGCGACAGCGUUCCAACACGAAGAAAUGGCACUAAGUUUCGACUCGCUCGCAGCUCUGUAUCACCACGGCCGGAUGAAGAAAGCAAUCAAUUCUCACGGUGGCCCUGUAUUGUCUUUGGAAAUGGCUACAGAUCCCUUUGCGGUGGUGACGUCUUCUUUUAGUGGACAGAUCAAGCUCUGGGGCGUAGACGGAAAGCUAUACGGUGCACUGGACCAUUUUGCCACUCGACGAGCUCCACUUAACUCUCCGUGGGACUUCCCAGUUGAUAUGAAGGCACGUCGACAGCAACUGGAGGAAGAAGCGAGAGAAUUGCUGCAGAGACCAUCAGGGUCAGCUUGGAAGAAGACGCGAGUGUCAGUGCUGGAGGAGAGAUUGUCCCUCACAACGCAGGACUUUACCUUUAAGCACGAGCGACUGAAAACUCGGAAAAAGAACGCUCGGGCAUCUGAAGUGGGCCGUGCCGUGCGUAAUUUCAUCCUCAAGCAAACGACAUCAGGAGUGAGUACUAAGCGGAAGGCUCCUUCCUCUGCGAUCCAUCAGAACACUUCAUCUCUGCACUCGGUCUUGAGAGAACUGGACGAGUUGCAAUUGCACACAGAAGGGAGGACCGAGUGUUCAAGUAGUCGGCCUGAUAGACCGGACUCUCGAGGUAAGAAAUACGCGAUGGUGACACUUGCAGACGUGAAAUCGACCUUGCUACGUCCUCGCACAUCGAGCAGCACGGUGCACUGCGGAUUGCCAUCGAAACCGCCGACCAACAACCAACGAAAACAUCUUCAAGCCAACAAUCAAGCUGGAGACACUCGGUCAGAUAACGUCCUUCGAUAUCAUGUCAAGAUGGCUCACACAUGGCAGCCAUAUCAAAAGUGGUAA